AUGGCAGAUCAACCUUCAGCUCAACCUACAGAAGCCUCACGAUCUGUAAUGCACCAUCAGUACAGCGACGUUCAUACAGUGCCACCUGCGCUCAAUCAGUACAGCGACGUACGAUGCUCAACUCGAUGGCAGAUCAACCUUCAGGUCAACCUACAGAAGCCUCACGAUCUGCAAUGCACCAUCAGUAACAGUGACACUGAAGUGACAUCCGGUCAAGGCUUGCCUGCUGCAGCUACUUCAGGACAAGCUGUGUCAGUCCCAACCACAGGAGCUGACGUGUCGGUGCCCGUCAGUGUUGACAACCAAGGUGGCAACAUGAGCUUGGUCACGGCUGGCACUGGUGUCGUCACAGGCAACACUACCAGCAAAGUUUCAGGUGAAUCAUCAUUGCCAAAACCAAAUUCAGCUCCUCUUCCGGAUACAACAGGUGCACCAACAACAUUAGCCGCCGACACAACAGCUGCACCAACAGUAGCCGCCGACACAACAGCUGCACCAACAACGCUAGCCGCCGACACAACAGCUCCACCAAAAACAGUAGCUGCCGACACAAAAGCUGCAACAACAACACUAGCCGCCGACACAACAGCUGCACCAACAACAGCAGCUGCGAAUACCACAGCUGCACCAACAGUAGCUGCCGAUACAACAGCUGCACCAACAACGCUAGCCGCCGAUUCAACAGCUGCACCUGUUGCUGCCGACACAACAGCUGCACAACCAGAAGCUGCCGAUACAACAGCUGCACCAACAACAGUAGCCGCUGAUACAACACCUGCACCAACAGCAGCUGCCGACAAAACAGCUGCACCACCAGCAGCUGCCGAUACAACAGCUGCAUCAUCAACAGUAGCCGCCGACACAACAGCUGCACCACCAGCAGCCGCCGACAACAACAGCUGCACCAAGCACUUACAACAGCUGCAUCAUCAACAGCCGAUACAACAGCUGCACCAACAGCAGCAGCAAAACCGACAGCAGCUGUCGAUACAACAGCUGCACAUCAACAACAGUAGCCGCCGAAACAACAGCUGCACCAACACUUGCCGCCGACACAACAGCUGCACCAACAACAAUUGCACCAACAACAGUAGCCGCCGAAACAACGGCUGCACCAACACUUGCCGCCGACACAACAGCUGCACCAACAAUUGCUGCCGAUACAACAGCUGCACCAACAGCAGCUGCCGAUACAACAGCUGCACCAACAGAAGUUGCCUCGUCAGUUGA